AUGAAUAACACCCUGUUCCACCACCUCGUCCUUCUUCUUCUGAUACCGUUCACCCUAGUAUACACCAUUACUACCCCCGCCUCAUCCUCAGCCAACCAGGCUUACACUGCCCUCACCGAGGACUGCUCGGUGUCCGGCGAGGAUGUCCCUAUGCCCAUACGAAGGGAGGUGUACGAUAACGGUCGGAUAUUCGACAUUAGUCACAGAUACACCCCUGACAUGCCGAGUUACGGCGUUAAGGACGGGCUCGGGGAAUUCCUGUCGCUUGGCAUGAGCAUCAAAAAUGGCUCGGACGCCAACUGGAUAUAUUUGGAAAGGAAUCGUCUGAUGAAGUUUAGUGUCCACUCCGGCACUCAUGUUGACGCACCAGGUCACGUCUUCGACCAUUACUAUGACGCUGGCUUUGAUGUUGAUGCGCUUGACCUCGAAUUCUUGAAUGGUCCUGCACUGGUGGUUGAUGUUCCAAGGAAUAAGAACAUAACUGCUGAAGUCAUGGAGGCUUUGAAUAUACCUAAAGGGGUGCGUCGUGUGCUCUUCAGAACCCUUAGUUCCGACAGGAAGCUUAUGUUGAAGAAGGAAUUUGAUACAAGCGCUGUAGGGUUUAUGGAAGAUGGGGCAAAAUGGCUGGUGGACAACACAGACAUUAAACUUUUUGGGCUUGAUUACUUAAACGUCGCAGCUUCUGUUGAUGUAUUACCAGUUCAUUAUGCGUUUCUACAAGGCCGGGAGAUGGUUCUUGUUGAGGGCUUAAAGCUCGACGGAGUUCCAGCAGGAAUAUAUUCUUCUGUCCAUUGUUUGCCUUUAAGGUUGGUUGGUUCUGAUGGAUCACCAGCAAGAUGCAUCCUCAUCAAAUAA